AUGAUUAGCAAAAAUAGCUCUAUCUUAUCCUUCAAAGUCAACGAAGUUGAAUUUAUGCCAAGUUGAGAAUCAGAUACCAAUAUAGAGCUCAGCUAUAUACUGACGAACUCCCAAACCUCCCAAAUCAUCUUCCAGUCUUCCACUUUUAAGCCAUCGCAAGUUUCCAGCCUUCCUUCAGUUCGAUUACAGCCUAGUGAACUUAGCUUUCUAGUUCUCAGUUUCUAUAUGAAGGCGAUUGAUAGCCAAAAGCUGCUGGGAUCAGCAUUAAUUAGUCUCAGCCCAAAAACAUGAUUAAAGAUUCCUAGCGAUGGUGAAGAAGUUUUAAGUAUAGAAAUCGAAUUUAUCAAUGAAGAAAACAUUGAAACCCUUCACAAAUCCUUGAGUGAAAGCGAAGUUUUAAGUGAAAAUGAAAAAAGCGAAAAUCAGCCAACCAUAAGAGAAAAGCAAAUAAAAGAGCAAGACGAAAGUGAAGAAAAUAAAAAUGAAAAAUGCGAAAACCAGGAAAGCAUAAAUGAAGAAAAUGAGAAAUGCGAAAAUCAGCACACUAUAAGUGAAGAAAAUAAAAACAUAAAUGAAGCAAGUGAGAAAUGCGAAAAUCAGCACACUAUAAGUGAAGAAAAUAAAAAUGAAAAAAGCGAAAACCAGGAAAGCAUAAAUGAAGAAAGUGAGAAAUGCGAAAAUCAUCACACUAUAAGUGAAGAAAAUAAAGAUGAAAAAUGCGAAAACCAGGAAAGCAUUAAUGAAGAAAGUGAGAAAUGCGAAAAUCAUCACACUAUAAGUGAAGAAAAUAAAGAUGAAAAAUGCGAAAACCAGGAAAGCAUAAAUGAAGAAAAUGAGAAAUGCGAAAAUCAUCACACUAUAAGUGAAGAAAAUAAAGAUGUAAAAUGCGAAAACCAGGAAAGCAUAAAUGAAGAAAAUGAGAAAUGCGAAAAUCAGCACACUAUAAGUGAAGAAAAUAAAGAUGAAAAAUGCGAAAACCAGGAAAGCAUAAAUGAAGAAAAUGAGAAAUGCGAAAAUCAGCACACUAUAAGUGAAGAAAAUAAAGAUGAAAAAUGCGAAAACCAGGAAAGCAUAAAUGAAGAAAGUGAGAAAUGCGAAAAUCAGUACGAAAAUAAAGAUGAAAAAUGUGAAAAUCAGCACACUAUAAGUGAAGAAAAUAAAGAUGAAAAAUGCGAAAAUCAGGAAAGCAUAAAUGAAGUAAGUGAGAAAUGCGAAAAUCAGCACACUAUAAGUGAAGAAAAUAAAGAUAAAAAUAGCGAAAACCAGGAAAGCAUAAACGAAGAAAGUGAGAAAUGCGAAAAUCAGCUCGCUAUAAGUGAAGAAAAUAAAAAUGAAAAAUACGAAAACCAGGAAAGCAUAAAUGAAGAAAAUGAGAAAUGCGAAAAUCAGCACACGAUAAGCGAAGAAAAUAAAAACAUAAAUGAAGAAAGUGAGAAAUGCGAAAAUCAUCACACUAUAAGUGAAGAAAAUAAAGAUGAAAAAUGCGAAAGCCAGGAAAGCAUAAAUGAAGCAAGUGAGAAAUGCGAAAAUCAGCACACUAUAAGUGAAGAAAAUAAAGAUAAAAAUAGCGAAAACCAGGAAAGCAUAAAUGAAGAAAAUGAGAAAUGCGAAAAUCAUCACACUAUAAGUGAAGAAAAUAAAGAUGAAAAAUGCGAAAACCAGGAAAGCAUAAUUGGAGAAAGUGAGAAAUGCGAAAAUCAGCACACUAUAAGUGAAGAAAAUAAAAAUGAAAAAUUCGAAUAUCUACAAACUGUGGGUGAAGAAAAUAAAAAAUUUGAGAGUCAAGAAAGCACAAAUGAAGAAAAUAAAAGCGAGAAAUCCAAAAAUCAGUUAAUUUUGGGCGAAAAUCAGGAAAGAACAAGUGAAGAAAAUAAAAAUGAAAAAUGCGAAAGUCAGCAAAUUUUAAGUGAAGAAAAUGAAAAAUGUGAAAAUCAGCAAAGAAUAAGUGAAGAAAAUAAAGAUAAAGAGUGCGAAAAUCAACAAAGUGUAAGUAAAGAAAAUGAAAAACGCGAAAAUCAGGAAAGCAUAAAUGAAAAUAAUGAAAAUUGCGAAUCUCAGGAAAGUAUAAAUGAAAAUAAUGAAGAAUGCGAAAAUCAACAGAUUGCAAGUGAAGAAAUUGAAAAAUUCGAAGACCAUGAAACCCUAAGUGAAGAAAAUAAACAUGAAAAAUGCGAAAAUCAACAAAUUGCAACUGAAGAAAAUAAAAUCGAGGAGGAAAUUAAUAAGUUGCUAAGAUUUUAUGAAAUCGAAGAUAUAGAUAGUGUCGCAGCAAAAAUAGAAGAGGUAAAAGAAGAUAUUGCUUUUUAUAAUAGAAAGAAAAAAUAUGACCUUGAGGAAGAAGAAAAAAAGAAAUUACAAGAUCUUGAGAGAUUGCUAAAAUUGCAUGAAGAAAUUAAUCAAAAUGUUAGCGUUAUUGAGGAAGAAAAUUUAGAUGAAGAGCUUAAGCAAGGAUUAAUUAAGUACGAGAUUGAAAAUCCUCAACAAAUUGAAGAAAAAAUAAAUGAAGCAAAAGAAAGUAUCUCUUUUUAUCAUAAAAGGAAAAAAUUAAAUGAUGCAAAAAUUGAAGAAAAUAAUCUUGCUGAUUUGGAAAAACUGCUCUCUAUUUACAAAAAGCUUAGCUCAAAAUCUAUGAUAGCUAUAGAUACUAAAGAGAAUGAUUUAGAAGAUAUAUUGAAGCAAGGUUUAAACAAAUAUAAUCUUGAAAGCCCUAAGGAAUUAGAAGAAUUGACAAUUAAAACUAAAGAAAGUAUUACAUCAAAUCACAGGAAAAAAAAGCCAGAAAAAGCAAAAAAAGAAGAAAACAAGCUUGCUGAUUUAGAAAGAUUACUUUCUAUUGAUAAGCAAAUUUGUUUAAAAUCUAUGAUUAUUUUAGACUUCAAAGAGAUUGGAAAUGAUAAAAAGAUUGAUUUUAUUGAAGCAAUGAUAAAUGAUAUUUCAGAAAUUCCCUGUUGUACUGAAAGGUUUCUUACAAGCAUUUUGUGCUUUGCAUAUUAUAAAAGCUACAAUUUUGAGAUAGCACCAGAAUUUCAGAAAAAAAUUGAGAAUUUAGACAUUGAAAAAGAGUACAGCAAUUUUCUUCAAGUUUUGAGUGCUUCACCUAAUGGAUUUUCGUCAAGAAAGCUUACCCCAAGUUUCAAAGAAAAUUUCAUUAAUAAAAAUUGGAAAAAUUUAAUAAAAGAUACAGAAAAAAUUCUCAAGGAGUAUCGGCCUGUCAAUAUAAAGGAACUUAAACGAUUGAUUAAUAAAUCAGCCCAAUGCUCUGAAGAUUUGCAAAACAAGGACAUUAUUUUGUUAAUUGGAGUUACAGGUUCAGGAAAAUCGACAACAACCCAUUUUUUAUGCGACUCAAAGAUGGAGAGAAUCAUGGAAGAUGGUGUGAGACAUAUUAAAGCAAUUGCUGUAAAAAAUCCUAUAUUAAAAAACAUCAAUAUUUCUUCUCAUGCAGAAUCAGAAACUCGAUAUAUCACUAUGGUGCCAAUAAAUUUUAAAAAUUUUGAAGAGAUUUUUAUUUGUGAUCCUCCAGGGCUAUUAGAUACAAAAGGAACUGAAGUUGACAUGGCAAAUACAAUAAGUAUUAUUGAAUGUGUUAAAAAAUGCAGAAGCGUAAGGCCAUUGAUUUUAUUAAGUUGUAAAACAGAAGGUGAUAGGUUUGAAGGUGUUAAAAAAAUUGCUCAUACCUUGGCCAGACUUGUCCCAAAUUUUAAUAAGUAUUCCCAUUCAUUUACAUACGCAUUUACAAAAUAUACAGCCCAAGAGGCUUCCAAUAUAAAUGCACUGGUAACGAAUGCUUUAGGGUUGUUAGAAAACCCUGAUGAAGCGUUUUUGCAUAUUUUGCAGGACAUAAAAUAUAAGACUAAAAAUGGGGCGAUAACUAUUGAUCCUUUAAGAGAUGACCCUCAAGAACUCCUAUCAAAGAUAAUGGAAAGAGCGCCUAUUUUAGACCCAAAAACUGCAUUUGUUAGCUUUAUAACUGAAGAUUCUAGAAUUUCUAUAAAAGAGCAAGUAAUGCUUCAUUCAAAAGACAUUUUCAUAGCCUCAAAUCCUAUGAAUUAUGAAAUUAUAAAAUAUAAAUUGGACGAGUUGAAAUAUUUAGGAAGCUUAUUUGAGCAAUUUUUAUCACAAUAUAAAGAAUCUGCAGAACAUGUGAUAAAGAGCAUUAAUGAUUUAUAUAAUAAUACUGUUAAUCAGUUUAAUAGUUUUAUAGACAAGAAUGGGAGCUUGGAUGAAAAUACUAUUAAAUCCUAUGAAGUAGUUUAUAAUACUAUUAAAAAGUCAGAAGAAAUCAGAGAUAGCCAUUUAAGGGGAGAAACAGUCAAAUCUGCAGCAAUGUUAACUAAUAUUGUUUCAAAGCUAGAUCUUACAAAUCUGAACUUAAAAUCAGAUAAUAUAGAUCCUGAUAUUUUGAAUGUCCAGUUGAACAAUGCUAAAAUUUUAAGUGAAACAUUUGAAGACGUUGUGCCGCACUAUAAAAAUCUUUUUAACGAAUAUUCACAUCUCAUUGAAAGCUUACUAUCAUCUGCCACUUCUAAUUUGGAAAAGAAAAACUUUAAAAAUUUUGCUAUCUCCGCAGUUAAUACUGAGCAACUUCAAAUUUCUUUUCAAUAAAUUUUAAUCAUCAUAAUUUUAAUUUUUUCAUCUUCCAUAUAAAGUUUCACACUUUUAAAUAAAUAAUAACUAAGUCGAUUGAAAAUUAAUCGCUUUUUUAGUUAAAACCUAUUCAAUAAGAAGAAAUGCUUGUUAUAUUAGAGGAAAAUUAAAGACAUAUCGCAAGAGCAAAAAUAUUUAAGAAUUGCUCGCACCCAUUUCGAUUUGACAGCUUUUGACGAAAGGCAUAAUGAUCUUCUAAAGAAGUUAUCAUUUACCUUAAAAGAAAAUCAUGAUAACUCCAUUGCAAUAUUAAGUAAAGGAAGAUUUGAAAAAAGCGAUAUCGAAUCUCUAAACCAAAAUAUUUCAAUAAUAAAGUCAUUUAUCGGAUCUCGCCACUUUAAUGGUCUGAUAGCCAAAGAUGAAUUAGAAAACCAGCUCCAGUCAAUUCUUGAUGUGUAUCAAAAGCACUUUGAAGACGCUAAAAGCAAUGUCAUCUCAUUCAUUAAUGAUAAAACCACAUAUAAUAUAUACUUCUAUCUUUGAGUUGCCUGCUCUUUAUCUAACUAAAAUGGAGGCAAGCAAAGUUUCGAAUUUCUUUGAUAAAAUAAUAUUUAAUUUUAUAGUGCAAUAGGCAACUGAAGGCAAAGAUGUUUAGCUGAAAUUGAAACAAAAUUUGAUGAAUUCAGCUAUUUAAUGGAGAUCCCAGAUAUUGCAUCCCUUAUUACUGCUUCUUAUCAAAAUGUAUUAAGCUCACUUAUAAAUAAGAUCAGUUUUUUCAAAAAAGAAGCAAGAGAAUUUGUAAAAUCUUUAACCAGGUCUCCUGAGUCGACAGAUCUAGAAGCAUUGCGCAACUGCUUCUCAUGGCUUGAAUCAGGAAAGUGGAUCGAAAAGUUUCAAAAAGGAACUUAUAGUAAUGAGCUGUCUGGUAUAGAAAGAGAAAUUAAAAAUUUCACUAACUCCCCCCCCUCCGUGAGUGAACAAAACCAUUAGAAAAAUCGCUAUUUUUUGCCCAAAAAACCACCCUCCGUGAGUGAACAAAAAUUUUUUUUAUAGAAAAAUUUUUUAUGGAAAUAAAUUUUGAUAUAUAAAUGAUAAUUAGCAUAAUGAAAUCUAGAGUUAAUUCUGUUUAAUUUUAAACAAUUGCAUUUUUAAAACAUAAAUUUUAUAUAUUAAAUUAAUAUUUGUUUUCCAAUUUUUGCGAAUGAGGAUUUUUUUAAAUUUCGAAAAAAAAUAAUUUUUAUAAAAUUUAUAUAUAAAUUUUUUUUAAAAAAAAAAAAAUUAACCCCCCUCCGUGAGUGAACAAAAUUUUUUUGUUCACUCACGGAGGGGGGGGGAGUAAAAAAUUAUUGGAUCAAUUAGAAGCAAUUGACUUACUCUUCACAUAAAAUUAAAAUUUGAAAGCUAAAAAUUUACUAAUUAUGAUUCUAUUGCCCCAUAUCCCUAUAUAGAUUUCUUUAUCGAACAAAAAUAUGAUAGAAGGUUUUAUGACCAAGACAGACUCUCUCAAGUGCGAUCUGGAUCUUAUAAAGGGAAUCGUUAAAAAGAGGUAUACCAAAAAUUGGUGAAAAAAGUUGACAAGCGCAUGCGCUAAUUUUAAAAGUGGCUUUAUUAUUGAAUUAAUUUUAAUUUUUAGAUAUCCUAUUAGACUCUAGAUGAUAAAUAUAAAGCAUUAUUAUGAGCCAUUAAGAACUUUAUAGAGAGCAAUGCUUUAUAGAGUUAUUGAUUAUAACAAAAUUGGCAUUAGUUAUUUAAAAAUAUACUUAUAUUAACCUAAUUUGUUUUAAAGCUAAAUUUUUCAGAAAAGAGAAAAGAGUAAGUAAGUAAUAUUUAAUCAAUCCCAGUCUAACAGGUAUCAAAAUAAAAAAAAUUAAUUUAAUAAUAAAGCCAUUUAAAAAUUGGCGCAUUUGCUUGUCAACUUUUUUCACAGUUGUCAACCAUAUUUUGACAUGUCACUUUUUAGCACUUCUUAUCGAAAUCCAGCUCGUCUUUUUAAAAGAGUCUCACUUGGUCGUUAAUUCAUCCAUUUCGAUAAAGAAAUCUAUAUAAGGCAUGAGCUGUUUGUGGAAUAUUUUGUAAGGGAGUUAGGAAUUAAUUGUCCUCCCAAUGUGGCGAAAGGAUAUUGCAUAGUUCAAAAAUUAGACCCAAUUCUCCAAUUAAAAGAAUUUAUACCUUCAUUAGAAAAUAGUGAGAAUAAUAUUUGGAUUAAAUUCCAAGAAAGAAUUAAAGAUACCUUGAAAAUUAUUAAAAAGGAGUUUUGCCCAGAGCAUAGUGAUAUUGAAAGGGAAAUUAAUGAAUUAGAGAGAUUACAAAAGAUUAGACUUGAUUAUUCAAAAUAUAAAGAAGAAAAUAAAAAUAGUGAGUGUCAAGAAUUGCUCAAAAUUAACGGAUUUGAAACAUUUAAAGAAAUAAAUCUUGAAAUAACAAAAAUCCAAAACUUUAUCAAUAUUUUUAACCAAAAAUUAACGAAAAAUACGCCUAACGUUGAUAAAAUAGAAAAUUAUUUUAAUUAUAUUCAAGAGUGUAAAAGCAUACCCCAGCUCUCGGAAUUUGUCAUAAGUUUUUCACAGAGUAUUUUAUCGAAUUUAUCUCAAUUUUACAACAAUAGUCUUAUCUCUUUGGCAGAGUGCUUCAAUGCUAUACUAUAUUUCAGCAUUAUUAUUUUUAUUUUUAUUAUUUUAAGUUAAUUCUCAAUCAGCAUAAAAAUAAUAUUGCAAGGAAUAUUUCAGAUGAUACUAAUUGUGAUUUUGACUCUGUAAAGCAAUAUUCUAUUCAGUUUUCUUUAAAUUUUAAAGAAAUAUUGUUAUUGAAUAAAAAAUCUCCAUCAUUUUUCAACUUUUUGGAAUUUCAGCUUCAGUUUGAGCAUUUUGCCAAUGAGCUCAAUAAUUUACGCAUAACUUUCCAUGAAAAACUACAAAUUAGCAAUGAAAGAAAUGACUUAGAAGCAAUUUCUUCAUGAAUAAGCAUUGCUAAUGAAUUUAAAGAAAUUGAUGGGAAUUUUGCUGCUAUCAUAAAUGAGUAUCAAAAAAUUCAGAAUUCAAAGUUUAAACAGCAAAAAAUAAUUGAUUUAAUUGAGAAUCAUAAUUUUGAAACAGCAAUAAAAUCAAUAGAAGAAAUGGACAAUGAUACUCGAGCUCAAUCUAUAAUGAUUUGAGACUUUUCCUUUCUGUAUUUGAAGAAGAAAAUUAUAUUUACUUUGAGAGUCUUAGAAUUUAUGAGUCAAAAAUAUUUAUUAAUUCACAUUAAGGAAUACAAGUACCAAGCCAUUAUAUUGAUAUACUCUCUAGACAUGCAUAGCCUAUAAAUAUUUUGAUUGCAGCUAUACUCAUAGCAAAUAAUAUUGAUGAUAUAAUUAAGGAAAAAUUAUAUCAUGCUUUACACUUUUUGCAAAAAUGAGCUCACACGUGAAUUCAAACUCCAUUAUUGAAUAAAAUUCUAAACCUGGAGUUAUUUAAUUUAUAA